UUCGGGCGCACGUUGGUGGUUGUUGUGACAGAUUGUGGGGUGAAGUUUCUACGGCAGGCUGGCUAGCAAGAGAUGGUUCUAAAACAAUAAUGUCCGAACUACUGGUUAAAGAAAUGGAGAAUGUAUCACUUUGUCAUAAGAAAAAAGAUGAUGGACCUGUCAGCAGUCGAAGUUUCCUUUUGGUAGACGAACAAGAAAACCUACAAGUCAACGAUGAAGCAGAUUUCCUGGAGCGUCUGGGCUGUGGAGAUGUGGCAGGGGUUAAGGUCAUCUCCAUCUUUGGCAACACCGGCGAUGGCAAGUCCCACACGCUCAACCACAUCCUGUUUGAUGGUGAGGCCGUGUUCUACACCUCCAAGUCGCCCAGCUCGUGCACGGUGGGCGUGUGGGCGGCCUACGACCCGGGCCUGGGUCUGGUUGCACUGGACACAGAAGGGUUGCUGGGGGCCGCAGCCAAUCAGAACCAGCGGAUGAGGCUACUGCUGAAGGUCUUAGCCAUAUCAGACGUGGUGGUGUACCGUACCAGAGCUGAGCGCCUCCACAAUGACAUGUUCCAGUUCCUGAGCAGUGCCUCGGCGGCCUACCUGCGCCACUUCACCCCAGAGUUGAGAGCCCUCUCCAGCCGCUGCGGCCUGGACGUGCCCCUGUCCUCCCUGGGGCCGGCCGUCAUCGUCUUCCAGGAGACCACACACACACAGCUGCUGGGCCACGAGAGCACUGUUCCAGGGCACGCAGAUACCCUCCUCCAGAGGCGCUUCCAUGACCUGGGUCUGGGAACAGAGGCCUUCAGCUCUGUCCAGUAUGUGGGAACCCAGACCAUCACACCCCCUACUGUGUACAGCGCGCUACAGCAGGCCGUCAUUCAGCACGUCAGGAACACGGCCACGCGCUCACCACGCCAGCCCGCCAUUGUGUUCAGCGCCCUGCAGGCUCUGAGCGAGCGCUUCUGUGGGGAGAUCUCAGACGACAAGGUUCCCCUCUACUCCUUCUUCCCUGAUGAGUACUUCACCUGCUCCUCAGUCUGCCUCAGCUGCAACGUGCGCUGUAAGAACGGUAUGAACCAUCUGAGAGACCAUGUGCCCCACAUGGCUGAAGGACUGUGUCACUACGCCCACCAGUACAACAACAAGCUCCUGAUCUGUAAGAGGUGCUAUGAGGGGGGCAGGGAGGUGAUUGUGAUUCCCAAGACCUCUGCCUCCACUGACAACCCCUGGUUUGGACUGGCCAAGUACGCCUGGUCAGGCUAUGUUCUAGAAUGUGCCAGCUGUGGCAUCAUUUACCGUAGCAGACAGUACUGGGUGGGGAACCAGGAGCCUGAGAGUGGUGUGGUCCGCCCUGAGGUCAAACAUGUGUGGGAGGGGUCGGAGGUGUUUCUAACAGACCACCAGAAUGCAGGCCAGCGUGUCCUGGACGGGGUGUCCUUCAUGCUGCAGUCUGUGACUGGGUACAGCAGUGGACCCACCAAGGCUGUCACCGCCUGGCUCACCGACCAGGUGGCCCCACCCUACUGGAGGCCCAAUGCUCAGAUCACUGAGUGCCACGGCUGCAGGAAGGCGUUUGAGGAGGCCGACAGGAAGCACCACUGUCGCUCGUGUGGCGAGGGCUUCUGCCAGGCGUGCUCCUCUAAGAGGAUGCCGGUGCCCGAGCGGGGCUGGGGGGGCGGGCCCGUACGCGUGUGUGACGCCUGCCAUCGCCAGGGAGGGGUGGACGCCUCGGCCAAUCAGGUGUCUCAGGUGGAGCCCAGGGGUCUGAUGGCUCGCAGGGUAACAGAGGUGGCUCAGUCCACACUGGACCUGGUCAGCAACGCCGUGGACUACCCUCUCUGUUUUGUGAAGGGCGUGGCGCGGCCAGACUACUGGGUACCAGACCAGGACAUAGUGCAGUGCCACCAGUGUUCCCGAACCUUCACAGCCACCCUGUCUAAGCAUCACUGCCGGGCCUGCGGCCAGGGAGUCUGCAGCGCCUGCUCUGCCCACACCCGCUCUGUUCCCUCCCGGGGCUGGGACCACCCCGUCAGGGUGUGUGACACCUGCCACAAGCGCAAGGACAGCCUGUGAGGGAGCGGGGGAGGAACUGUCCUUGUAACCCCCCCCCCCCCCCCCCACCACCACCACCACCACUACUACCAGAGACACAGUCACACACCUCCAGAGGGAUAGGACCCCCCCCCCCUGUCUUUACUGCUCCACUAUGUAAUCUGCACUGAGAGACAGUGAACAACAUGGGUCAGUACCACUCACCUGGUGGGGAGGCCAGAGAGACAUGCUAGAUGAUAGCAGUAUAUUCAUCUCUAGAUCUUUGUAGACGCUGUCAUGACAUCAUAUCCUGAUAGGAUGUGACAUCAUGGCUUCCAGAGGCUGUUUUAGAACCGAGCUCCAGGAUGGGACAGGAAGAGGGAGAGGUAGACAAUGUCACAUCCUGUAUUAAGACAUUCCAGUAAAUAGAGUGUAGUGGUGUUUUAAGCUGCUGUAUGUGAACAGGAGAGCCUCUGUCCAGACCCACUCCUCUAAUGUUUAUAAAGUCAUCCUUAUCAUUAAUAAUGAUGAAAACACAUGUUAUGUUGGCAUACGUCAUCAUAAAAAAGAUGAUAGCAAGAAUGACCCCCUGCUACAGAGAUGGGUGAGGAAAGCUCACUUUGAAUUGCUUGCUAUGUAAAGCACAAAUGAUAUGCCUUAAGGUAAUAAUAUCUCUUAUUGAUGUGAAAUUAUAGGUUUUUUUUUUCAAGCCUAAAGGGAUAUUCUCCUGUUGGUUUUAUUCCAUGUUGUGGACUGGAGCUAUACAACACUAGCCUUCUGUGUAAGUAUAACAACAAAUUCAACGUUUUCAAGUGUAUACAUUACUUUGUGGUUUCUGAAAAUCUUGUUUGGAUUUUUGGUAAAUCAGGCUUGUCUAAAUAAAGUUUAAUUAAAGGUG